AUGGCGGUGGAGACUCUGUCCCCGGACUGGGAGUUCGACCGCGUAGACGACGGCUCACAGAAAAUUCAUGCUGAAGUCCAGCUUAAGAAUUAUGGGAAAUUUCUUGAGGAGUAUACCUCUCAGUUGAGAAGGAUUGAGGAUGCACUGGACGACUCCAUUGGAGAUGUGUGGGAUUUUAAUCUUGAUCCUAUAGCAUUAAAGCUUUUGCCUUAUGAACAGUCUUCCCUUUUGGAACUCAUCAAGACCGAAAACAAGGUCCUAAACAAAGUCAUCACUGUUUAUGCUGCACUUUGUUGUGAAAUCAAGAAAUUAAAAUAUGAGGCUGAAACUAAAUUUUAUAAUGGUCUCUUGUUUUAUGGAGAAGGAGCUACAGAUUCCAGCAUGGUGGAAGGUGAUUGUCAAAUUCAAAUGGGGAGAUUUAUUUCAUUCUUACAGGAACUGUCUUGUUUUGUUACGAGGUGCUAUGAAGUGGUGAUGAAUGUGGUCCAUCAGCUGGCUGCCCUCUAUAUCAGUAACAAGAUUGCACCCAAAAUUAUAGAAACAACUGGAGUUCAUUUUCAGACUAUGUAUGAGCACUUGGGAGAGCUGCUAACAGUUUUGCUUACCCUGGAUGAAAUUAUUGAUAACCACAUCACAUUAAAAGACCACUGGACUAUGUACAAAAGGUUACUGAAAUCUGUCCAUCACAAUCCUUCAAAAUUUGGAAUUCAGGAAGAAAAGCUAAAGCCAUUUGAAAAGUUCUUGCUGAAGCUAGAAGGGCAGUUACUUGAUGGAAUGAUAUUUCAGGCCUGUAUAGAACAGCAGUUUGAUUCUCUCAAUGGAGGAGUAUCUGUGUCGAAAAAUAGCACUUUUGCUGAAGAAUUUGCACAUAGUAUUCGCUCAAUUUUUGCAAAUGUAGAAGCCAGACUUGGAGAACCUUCUGAAAUUGAUCAGAGAGACAAGUAUGUGGGAGUUUGUGGACUCUUUGUAUUGCACUUUCAAAUUUUUCGAACUGUUGAUAAAAAGUUUUACAAGUCUUUAUUGGACAUUUGUAAGAAGGUACCAGCGAUCACUCUAACUGCUAAUAUUAUUUGGUUUCCUGAUAAUUUUUUGAUCCAGAAAAUACCAGCAGCUGCCAAACUUCUGGACAAAAAAAGUCUUCAGGCCAUUAAAAUACACAGAGAUACUUUCCUACAGCAGAAAGCGCAGUCACUUACCAAAGAUGUACAGUCUUACUACGUCUUUGUGAGCUCAUGGAUGAUGAAAAUGGAAUCUAUUUUAUCUAAAGAGCAGAGAAUGGAUAAAUUUGCUGAAGACCUCACCAGUAGAUGUAAUGUUUUUAUACAGGGCUUUUUAUAUGCUUAUAGUAUUAGUACCAUUAUUAAAACCACAAUGAAUCUCUACAUGUCCAUGCAAAAGCCAAUGACCAAAACAUCAGUGAAGGCGUUGUGCAGGCUUGUUGAACUUCUCAAGGCAAUAGAGCAUAUGUUCUACAGGAGAAGCAUGGUUGUGGCUGAUUCAGUCUCACAUAUAACACAGCACCUUCAGCAUCAGGCUCUUAAUUCUAUUUCUGUGGCCAAGAAAAGAGUAAUUUCUGACAAAAAAUAUAGUGAACAGCGUCUUGAUGUGCUCUCUGCUCUAGUUUUGGCUGAAAACACUCUAAAUGGACCAAGCACAAAGCAGCGACGACUGAUUGUUUCUUUGGCAUUGAGUGUGGGCACACAAAUGAAAACAUUUAAAGAUGAAGAACUCUUUCCACUUCAAGUAGUCAUGAAGAAGCUGGAUCUUAUCAGUGAACUUCGAGAAAGAGUCCAGACACAGUGUGACUGCUGUUUUCUGUACUGGCAUCGAGCUGUCUUCCCAAUUUAUUUAGAUGACGUAUAUGAAAAUGCUGUUGAUGCAGCCAGACUACAUUACAUGUUCAGCGCUUUACGUGACUGUGUGCCCGCCAUGAUGCAUGCAAGGCAUUUGGAGUCCUGUGAGAUGCUUCUCGAUUGCUAUGACAAGGAAAUUACGGAAAUUUUAAAUGAGCAUUUGUUGGACAAGUUGUGCAAAGAAAUAGAGAAGGACCUGCGACUUUCUGUGCAUACUCAUUUAAAGCUGGAUGACAGAAACCCUUUCAAAGUUGGCAUGAAAGACCUGGCCCUUUUUUUCUCUCUGAAUCCAAUUCGGUUUUUCAAUCGUUUCAUUGACAUUCGAGCUUAUGUAACUCACUACCUAGACAAGACUUUCUACAAUCUAACGACAGUAGCUCUUCAUGACUGGGCUACUUACAGUGAAAUGAGAAAUUUAGCUACUCAGCGUUAUGGAUUGGUUAUGACAGAGGCCCAUCUUCCUAGUCAGACUUUGGAACAGGGCCUGGAUGUCUUGGAAAUUAUGAGAAACAUUCAUAUAUUUGUAUCUCGAUACCUCUAUAAUCUCAAUAAUCAAAUUUUUAUUGAACGAACAAGUAAUAACAAACAUUUGAACACUAUUAAUAUUCGGCAUAUUGCUAAUUCAAUUCGAACACAUGGCACAGGAAUCAUGAAUACAACAGUCAAUUUCACCUACCAGUUUUUGAAAAAGAAGUUCUAUAUAUUUAGCCAGUUUAUGUAUGAUGAACAUAUCAAAUCCAGAUUGAUUAAAGAUAUUCGGUUUUUCAGGGAAAUCAAGGACCAAAAUGAUCAUAAGUAUCCUUUUGAAAGAGCAGAAAAAUUCAAUCGAGGCAUCAGAAAACUUGGAAUAACCCCAGAGGGACAAAGCUACCUUGAUCAGUUCAGGCAGCUCAUCAGUCAAAUUGGUAAUGCUAUGGGCUAUGUACGAAUGAUAAGAUCUGGUGGCCUUCAUUGUAGCAGCAAUGCCAUUAGAUUUGUACCUGAUCUUGAAGAUAUUGUAAAUUUUGAAGAACUAGUCAAAGAAGAAGGUCUUGCAGAAGAAACAUUAAAAGCAGCAAGGCAUUUGGAUUCAGUCCUCAGUGAUCACACACGAAAUUCUGCUGAAGGCACAGAAUAUUUCAAAAUGCUUGUGGAUGUUUUUGCUCCAGAAUUUCGAAGGCCAAAGAAUAUACAUCUCCGAAAUUUCUAUAUCAUUGUUCCCCCUCUGACCCUCAACUUUGUAGAGCAUUCCAUUAGUUGCAAGGAGAAAUUGAAUAAAAAAAAUAAAAUUGGAGCUGCCUUUACUGAUGAUGGCUUUGCCAUGGGUGUGGCUUACAUUCUGAAGCUUUUGGAUCAGUACCAGGAAUUUGACUCACUUCACUGGUUCCAGUCUGUUAGAGAGAAAUACCUGAAGGAGAUGAGAGCAGUUGCUAAGCAACAGAAUGUACAGUCAACUAGUCAGGAUGAAAAACUACUACAAACCAUGAAUCUCACUCAGAAACGACUGGAUGUUUAUCUACAGGAAUUUGAAUUGCUGUAUUUCUCACUGAGCAGUGCAAGAAUUUUCUUCAGAGCUGACAAGACUGCAGCUGAAGAAAACCAAGAAAAGAAAGAGAAAGAAGAAGAGACUAAAACAAGCAACGGAGACCUGUCCGACAGCACUGUGUCUGCAGAUCCUGUUGUCAAAUGAUACUGAUGGUAUGCGUUGCCCCUGUGAGAUCAUCAGAAUUGUACGUGAAAUGGAU